CAAUGUAGUGCGUGCCCUCCGACGAACGUAGCUACUUCCGCCUUUAGCCGCCUCUCAUCAUACAGAGAAAUGACGGCAACUUUGCGUCCAUACCUCAAUGCUGUGCGUGCCACUCUGCAGGCCGCUCUCUGCUUGGAGAACUUCUCCUCACAGGUGGUGGAGAGACACAAUAAGCCAGAGGUAGAAGUGCGGAGUAGUAAAGAGUUGCUCCUCCAGCCAGUGAUCAUCAGCCGUAAUGAAAAGGAGAAGGUUCUGAUCGAGGGAUCCAUCAACUCUGUCAGAGUCAGCAUUGCAGUCAAGCAGGCUGAUGAGAUCGAGAAGAUCCUGUGCCAUAAGUUCAUGCGUUUCAUGAUGAUGAGAGCAGAGAACUUCUUCAUUCUCAGGAGGAAACCAGUUGAGGGCUACGACAUCAGUUUUCUCAUCACCAACUUCCACACAGAGCAGAUGUACAAACAUAAACUGGUGGAUUUUGUCAUUCAUUUCAUGGAGGAAAUCGAUAAGGAGAUCAGUGAAAUGAAGCUGUCGGUUAAUGCUAGAGCCCGUAUUGUCGCAGAGGAGUUCCUCAAAAACUUCUGAGAGAAAAUACCAGGAAAUACAUUCCUUUUGCAUCACUGGCAUCUGUGGACUGUUCACAUCACAGGCCAGAGUGGAGAUGACAUCUGAUCAGCCGCGACGGGAUGAGAAACAUAGGAUGUACAGUAAAGAUGUAAUGGCCAAUGAGGUUUUGCCCUUUAUCUGGAAAAAGCCCCUGUGCUCUAGAUAUUGAUGUUUGUACAUAAUGAAUAUUCACACCAGACAUUAAUUUCUGCCUUAAAACAUAUCAGGGCAGGUCCUUAAAAAUAUAUUUUCAAUACUAUUGAGCACAGGGUUCUGUGUUGUUUUUUUCUCAAAUAAUUUAAAGUUUUUUUGUUUUGUUUUUUAAAAAUAUAUAUAUAAAUAUAUAUAUUAUAUGCACUUAAAUUUCAUUUUGCAGUGUUUUGUUACAUCAGACCUUAAACCAUAAGGGCAAUCAAAUGAUGCAUGUUUGCUUUCUUAGUUCACAGAUUAGACCCUAUUGUAGAUGAAAACGUAAAUAUAAAUGCUGGCAGUGAAGAGAAAUAAAUUCAUUAUCCUUUGUA